AUGGUGCCCUCUGGAAGAAAACAUGCAGGGAAAUCUGGGAAGACAUCAAUGGAGGAUCAGGUUGUAAGAGCCUAUGACUUUGAGAAGGAAGAUAAAAAAGAUCUGAGUGGUUCAGAGGAGGAUGUUACCGAAGGGAAGACUCCAGUAAUUGAGAAGCAUGGGAAGAAAAGGACUUCUGCAGCAGUGUUUGAAGAUAUGGGGGGUGAAGUACAAAAUAUGCUGGAAAGAUUUGGAGCUGACAUUAACAAGGCUCUUCUUGCCAAGAGAAAAAGACUAGAAUUGUAUACCAAAGCUUCUCUCAAAACUAGUAACCAGAAAAUUGAACAUGUUUGGAAAACCCAGCAAGAGCAAAGGCAGAAGCUUAACCAAGAAUAUUCUCAGCAAUUUCUGACUUUGUUUCAGCAGUGGGAUAUAGAUGUGCAGAAAGCUGAGGAACAAGAAGAAAAACUAGCUAACAUGUUUCGACAGCAACAAAAGGUUUUUCAACAAUCUAGAAUUGUUCAGAGCCAGAGACUGAAAACAAUUAGACAGUUAUAUGAGCAGUUCAUAAAGAGUAUGGAGGACUUGGAGAAGAAUCAUGAUAGUCUACUUACUGGUGCACAAAAUGAACUUAGAAAAGAAAUGGCUAUGUUGCAAAAAAAAAUUAUGAUGGAAACUCAGCAGCAAGAGAUGGCAAGUGUUCGAAAGUCUCUUCAGUCCAUGUUAUUCUGA